AGUUUUACGAAUCAACUUCUUAUUAUGAUAACGUCGGGAGUACGCCAAUGAGAAGCUCCGUUUUUGGAAAGAUGUUCCCUUGCUAUCGACAAUGUGAAUAAUAUUUGUUCAAAAUGCCAGAGUGGAGAACAAACUUGUAAUUAGUAUUCAACUUUCUCUUGGUGUGUUUUCCUAUUUUCACACUUGCCCCCAUACAAGCGCUUGUCACGUAUUGAGGUAAACUUGGUUAGUAUUCGCUCGGGAUUACAGGCAUUGAAGCGGGAAAGAUAUUGCGGCGUUUUUAUCAAAGUAUUUUGAACGACAAUGUACAAGUCUUGACUGAAGUACAUCCCGAAGUCAACUCAGAAAUCGCAAAUGCGAUAUGACUACGCUUCUCAUAGCUCUGGGCAACUUUUUCCGAGAAAUAAGUCGAGCGUUUCGGUGCUUUGAUAUGGGUUCUGCUGCAAGUUCUGUUGGCUCUCCUCCCGGUUCAAGUCCAAGCUUACACCAACAGCAUCAAACGACACCAAUACAUACGGCUGUGCCGAUCAAUACAAGCAAGAUUCGAAAGGGUUCAACUGCUCCUAUGAAGAAACAAUCAAAUGGGUUCAUCGUACUAAGUUACGCGCCGACCAACACACCACUCGUGCGAAAACGAGGAAAAAUCAAAACGGGCUUCCCAGAACAUGGACUUAUUCAAGACAAAUACUUUCUCAUCAGAGAUCAUUUCAAUGGAAUUGAUCGGCUCAAUACGUUAGAGACGUGUGGGGCACCGAAUUUUCGUAAAGCUGGCGGAUCAUAUCCAGUUUAUGGCAUGGGCCAACCUUCUAAAGAUGGCCUUGCCUUGGUGAUUGAAACCUUAAUCUGCAACGGACAUAAGGAAAUUGUCUCUUUCAAUCUACGAGAGGAACCAGUGAUCUUCCUCAGCUUAAAUCAUGAUUAUAUUCCUUACUCGCCACGAGACCCAGGUAGCCUUAAAGGGAAUAUUGCUAACUAUGGAGUAAAACCAGAAGAACUUGCCGAUACAGAAAUUAAAAUACGUGAAGAGAUUAUCAAGUUAUCUGUAGAAGAAGGAGGCAAGUUUUAUUUCUAUAACGACGUCGAGAAAUUUGACGAUGAGCCUCAUGCAUAUAACAUAUCAUAUGAAGAAAACGUCUGCGUCAUGGAUGAGAUCUACAGCCGACAGAUAUUCCUGACCCCUUUCCUCAGGUUUUGCCGUGUUCCGAUAACAGCAACCAAUGCCCCAGAAGAACAAGACUUUGACCAGUUCAUCAAUGCCGUCAAGGACAUCCCACAGGUGUUUGACACCAACUCGUCAGCUCCUUUGCCUGCUAUGGUCUUUAACUGCCAUGUUGGUCAAGGUCGCACGACUACAGGCAUGGUGAUUGGCUGUCUGAUAAUGUGCCAUCGAAGUGGUUUUCCUGCUGAAACAAGUUCUAUGGAUCCUAUUGCAAUGGACGAGAAUAACCCAAAUUACGAGAAAGGCGAGUUUCGUUUGAUCCAGCAGCUGGUCAAAUCUCUACCAAACGGUCUGAAGAUCAAACAAGAAGUUGACUCAGUAAUCGACAUAUGCGCAGACAUGACGAACAUUCGUAUGGAGAUUGUAGAAUGUAGAAAAAAGUUGCAGCAUAUUGACGGUGAAGAAGAGAUCGAGGGGCAGAAUGGUCGAAUUUAUUGGCUGAAAAGAGGAAUAAGUUACUUGGAGAGAUAUUUUUUCCUGAUCAUUUUCAAUGCCUAUCUUCACGAACAGUUCCCUCUAGUGUUCUCUCAAACAUUCUGUAAGUGGAUGCGUCAUCGUCCGUGGUUAUACCGAAUGUUAAGCCACAUUGACGUCAUGGAGAAAGGUGUGACGUCAGAGUUCUUUUCCAAGUUAAACGAGCCCACGUGUUUGGUAGCGGAUGAAUAUCUUGGCAUUGAUGUCCUAAGUACACAAAGAGAAGUUCAGGUGUCUAACUUCAGAAAGGUUCCUGGACUGCCUGUAUACGGAAUGAGUCAACCAGCCAGAGAGGGUCUCGCCAAGGUCAUCGAACUGUUGACGGAUCCCAAGUAUUCUCACCCUAAAGUGGUGGUAUUUAAUGUUCGGGAAGACGUAGCUAUAGAAUGUGAUGGGGAUUCAUUUAGUCAGCGAGAGCUUGGUAGUCUCGCCCAGCACAUCCCUUACAAAGGACUACAGUAUUUCGAGCUUGAGCGUAUGGAGAGUGAGCUGAAGCAUAGGGUUACUGUAGGUGGACAAACAACACCAGUUCAGGUUUAUAUGGACAUCAAAGACGCCUACGAAACAAGACAGUUCAAGAGUGUGUUAACCAUGAGAGAAAUGCACGAAAACCAGAUGGAGAAAACACCAUGCCUUGUGUAUUACAGAUUACCGGUGCCCAAAAUGAGAAUCAUCGAGGAAAAGGAUUUGGAUCGGCUUAUGUCGAUAAUUAAUUCGUUGAAUGAGAUUCACACGGAUGAGGACGGCCCGGCGCUUGUAUUUUUCUGUGAAUCUGGACGCGAGCGGAGUACGACUGCUAUGACUGUAGCUUCACUGAUUUACUGCAAUAAAAAGGGCUUUCCCGUGGGUACCAAACCAGACGAACAAGACCCUGCAUGUGUGCCUAACGCAAAGUACACACUUGGAGAAUUCUCGGUCAUCCGUCACCUAAUCCGGGUUCUGCCCGACGGACCUCAAAGGAAGCGAGAAGUAGAUUACGUGUUGGAUAAGAUUUCCGAGACAAUGACCCCCAUGCAUUACCAUGCGCGAGAAGUCAUCUUCUCUACCUUCCAAAAGUACAAGCACGCCAGUCCAGAUUGCCCAGAACACAAGAUGGAUCUACGAAAGCAAAGCCUGUAUUGUCUUGAGCGUUACUUUUAUCUAAUAAUCUUUAAUACAUAUCUACACAUGGAACGACGUACAAAGUGGAAGAGAACCUUCUGUCAGUGGAUGACACAAGUCGCUUCUGCUGCAGGCGUCUACGAUAUUCUGGAUAAUUUUGGUUUCCAUGACUUCGAGAAAACAGAGGAGAGACUACAAGCACUGCGAUGGAGAUGGCGGGAAAGCUUCAGAGGUAAACCAGGAUAGUAGAUGGUUAUCUUGGAGUUCACGUGAGGCACAAGGGACGUACAUACAAGUUGCUAAUAUACGUCGACUAUUAUUGAAUUAUUUAAACAACGUCGUCGAUACCAUCGCAUUCGUCUAUAUGUAGCUAUCUAUAUAGGACGCUUAUUAUCAAGCAUUCAUUUAAAUCUGGUCACGUUUUGUUAGGCAGGAUCUAACGCGUUGUAGUGAUGCGACAUUCUAUAGUGCUGGUCACGCAAUCAGAUGGUCACGCAAUGCUGCUAGUUUGCUGUAACGUUUACUUUGGCAGUCUGCAAGAACCAGUUCUAUUAGUUAUGAAGUGAUGUCGUUCAUUUAGAGAUGCUGGUUGAUUGACAGCUGAACAUUACGUCAUUACUUUCGAGGCAUUUCACUGCUUUAGAUACACUAGACAAUAAGCAAUCCACAAUGAAAUGGGAAUCAUACACUUAUGACGCCAGCAUAGAAACACGGCAGACUUUGUGUGUGUGGGUGUGUGUGUGGGGAGGGGUGGGGGGAGGACAAAGGGGGCUGUGUCCUUUAUUUGUCCACUAGGCCCAGUCCAAUUGUCACUUGAUUACCCCAGCCCAGCCAUAUCAAAAAGAAAGCAACUGGGUACCAGGUUUUGGUUACCCCCUAAUCUUCUCAGCCUAGUCUACUCUCAUAUAUCACUCGUGUGGACUGGGGUGGACUGGGGUGGGCCCAAGUAUCCCCCAUUCUUCUCUCAGUCCAGUUUACUUGUCAUGUACAGACAUUUGAGUAGACUGGAGACCAGGGUGAGUAGACCUAAGUCGUUGGUGCGAUGUUUACCCAUUUCAGACCACAUCUCAUUCUCAACAGGAUCAUUUAUUUGUUUAAUGGUUGCAACUUAGAAGAGAAAUGAAUAUGGAUACAACUCAAACAAAGAAUAUCAUUCUCUGACACGUGGUCUGAACUGGGUAAACAUGGUACCAAGACCAAUUAGGGCUAUUGCUCUAUCAUUCAAUGUAUUUCAUUUAUUAAUAGGUUAUCAUUUCUGAGACAUGGCUGACAUGUUGGAUGACACAAGAUUAUUCCUCCAACAUGGGAGUCAGGAACAUACAACAAUGCAAAAAGUGUGGAAUUUAGCUCAACUGUUACUAUCAUUUCUAAGAAAAAAAUGAUAUAACUGCCAUGUUGGAUGACAAAUCUAUUCUGCCAACAUAGAAGUCAACAAGGAAAAAAAGUAAUCAGUCUUACUUGACCUGGAAGGUGCGAUAGGACUGAUACGCAGGUCAUGACAUCCGUAGAGUGGAGUAGGGAGGGAAGGUAAGGAUGGUAACACUACUUAGGCUGUACCCAGUUCAUGUGGAAUAAGUGAAAAUAUAUUGAAUAUAAGAAAGAUUUCUAUUUGUUUAUCAAAUGUAUCCUUUACUGUUAUAUUUAUCUCUUAAUUUCAUUUUUAUAUGGUGAGAGUCACUUAUAUAAGGAGUAGAGACAUUUACAUGAUGUUGUUAUAAGGCUAAGAGAAACCUUCCAAGAGAAGCCAAACCACAAACAAAUACUAUAAUCUAGAGUUAUUAUAUGAUAGUGAAAUGAAAGAAAAUACUACUUAUUAUUAUCACUGUUAUCCUGAACAUUCUGUGCCAGGAAAUGUGUUAAUAAAUAUUUAAAAUUA